AUGCACAAGUUGUUAGGUGUUUCUGUUUCUUGUAAGACCAGUGGGGGUGGGAAGAGCUCUGAGCCAGCUGUUCCAGAACACUGCCAGCAGAUACAAAGCCCAUUUGUCUCCAGGAAGUGCAUUGAGAAUGUGGGGAGACAUCCUGCAGCAAACAUGUCAGGCUGUUCAGAGUGUUAUGGGAACAUACUGAAUGUUGACACAACUGGUGCUUUGGGGACAACUGCGAAAGCAGAUGGUAGAAGACAGCAGAAGAACAUGGAGAAAUACCAGGCCAAGAUGGUAAAAGCUGGCAAUGGUGAGGGUCUUGCUCCAGCUGUGAUUGAUUGCUGGUGUGAUCUUUCAAGGGCUGGGACAGAACUGAAGGACAGCCUGAGUGACCAUGGGAAUGCAUUUGGCUUAACACAGAGUAACAAAAGAGGCUGGCAACCGUACCAUAACUUUGGAAAGCCAUGGGACACUGAAGAGCACCUAGGACAAGACACAGAGAUUUUAUACAGGAUGAUAAACCAGAAAAAAUCUCCAUCUUGGACAGAGGAACAGCACCUCAGGGGUGGGAUCUCAUCUUAUAAUGCAGGAGUUAACACUGUCCAGACCUACGACAAAAUGGGUAUUGGCAGAACACACAACUAUGCCAAUGAUGGGGAUGUCAGAGCCAGGUUUUAUAGGAAAAAUGGAUAUUGA